AUGGAUGCCAAUCGCCCCAAGGCCAGUAGGCCUGAAACUAUGUUUUUUCCCACGAAAGCCGAUUCCGGUGGCAAUGAUAGUGUGUCCAUCACACCUGUGGAGCGGACGAAAGACGUGGCUGCACCUACCACCCACACCAAGUCCAACCCAACCACCCUCCCGAAAACCAAACCUCCGACCAAGCCGUUGGUCAAAUUUCGGAAGCGAAAGCGAAACUCAGAAAUAUCCACUUCCAGUCUCCAGACAUUGAGCGAAGAUCCUUGGUCGGUAUAUAUCAAAGGCAUUGAAAUCUUUCCGCGAAAGGGAAUAUUUCUGGCCCAGAAUAGAGAGGACAAAAUGGAGCUGGUCCACAUUCAACAGCUCAAGGCGGAGCCAGCCUCGAUACAGUCGUUGGUAAAGACUGUCAACGAUCUCUCUUACCGCAGUUUCCCACGGCUCCUGUGUCAUUACCAACAUGAGGAUCACUCGUUCCUAGUGUGGGAGCCGGUCGAAUGCUCCUUGUCUCAGGUCCUGGGAUCCAAGUACGUCCUAAGUGAGACCGAGAUUGCCUCGAUUGUGUGGCCAAUUCUUAUCGGGAUCAGGUAUCUCCGCGAUUGCGAUAGAGCUCUUGCCACACUAACCAACGACGAGGUCUUGUUUACAGGGUCUGGUGGGGUCAGGAUCGCUGGCGUGGAACGAAGUUGCCGCAUCGAUCCUGAGGACAUGAAUGCGGCUACGCUGAAGCUGACCGCAUUGUCAGAGAUUGUCAAAAGAUUAAUAAAAAAGAACGAGAAAUUCGACCCUGAUUUUCCGUGGAGCGCAGAGGCUCGGAAUCUCCCACAAAGGCUGGAUACGGUCGAACUGGACGAAUUGAUGCUGGUAAGUCGGCCUGACCAUAUGCGAAGAUCAAAGCUGAGCAACCAGGACGGCUUUUUUGCUUCCCUGAAAGGUGAGGCAGAACUAAAACUUAUGGUGAAUAUCGUAAACAAGACCUCGCACUACGAUAUCAACUUUCCGGCACGCAGUUGA